UCCAGCCACGUUAAAGCGAUUGACACAAUUUAUCAGUCAACAGAUUUCUCAGGAAUUCGUAACAUCAGCUUCAUGGUGAAACGAAUAAGAAUUAACACAACUGUUGAUGAGAAGGACUCUUCCAAUCCCUUCAGAUUUCCUAACAUUGGUGUGGAAAAGUUUCUGGAACUGAACUCGGAACAGAAUCAUGAUGAUUAUUGCUUGGCCUAUGUGUUUACAGACCGGGAUUUUGAUGAUGGAGUUCUUGGUCUGGCUUGGGUUGGAGCCCCUUCAGGGAGCUCUGGUGGAAUAUGUGAAAAGAGCAAACUGUAUUCUGAUGGUAAGAAGAAGUCUUUGAACACUGGAAUCAUCACUGUUCAGAACUAUGGCUCUCAUGUUCCUCCCAAGGUUUCUCACAUUACUUUUGCUCAUGAGGUUGGGCAUAACUUUGGUUCACCUCAUGAUUCUGGAAUGGAGUGCACUCCAGGAGAGUCCAAGAACCUGGGACAGAAAGAAAAUGGCAAUUAUAUCAUGUAUGCAAGAGCUACAUCUGGGGACAAACUUAACAACAACAAGUUCUCUAUCUGUAGCAUUCGAAAUAUCAGCCAAGUUCUUGAGAAAAAGAGAAAUAAUUGCUUUGUUGAGUCUGGUCAACCCAUCUGUGGCAAUGGACUGGUUGAACAAGGGGAACAGUGUGAUUGUGGAUACAGCGACCAGUGUAAAGAUGAAUGCUGUUACGAUGCAAAUCAACCAGAGGAUAAAAAAUGCAAGUUAAAACCAGGCAAAUACUGCAGUCCUAGCCAAGGCCCCUGCUGUACUGCACAGUGUAAUUUCAAAUUGAGGACGGAUAAGUGUCGAAAUGAUUCUGACUGCGCAAAGGAAGGAAUGUGUAAUGGUGUCAGUGCUCUCUGUCCAGCAUCUGAUCCUAAACCAAACUUCACAGACUGCAACAGGAACACACAAGUGUGCAUAAAUGGGCAAUGUGCUGGCUCUAUCUGUGAGAAGCAUGGCUUGGAGGAAUGUACAUGUGCUAGUUCAGAUGGCAAGGAUGAUAGAGAAUUGUGUCAUGUCUGCUGCAUGAGAAAAAUGGACCCAGCUACAUGUGCAAGUACAGGCUCUAACCAGUGGGAGAGACACUUUGGUCGUAAAACUAUUACUUAGCAACCUGGAUCUCCUUGUAAUGAUUUUAAAGGCUAUUGUGAUGUUUUUAUGAGGUGUCGGCUAGUAGAUGCUGAUGGCCCUCUAGCUAGAUUAAAGAAAGCAAUUUUUAAUCCAGAGCUGUAUGAAAAUAUUGCAGAAUGGAUUGUGGCAUAUUGGUGGGCAGUGUUGCUUAUGGGAAUUGCCUUGAUCAUGUUAAUGGCUGGUUUCAUUAAGAUAUGCAGUGUUCAUACUCCAAGCAGUAAUCCAAAGUUGCCUCCUCAUAAACCACUUCCAGGCACUUUAAAAAGGAGGAGACCACCACAGACUACUCAGCCACCACAGCGGCAAAGGCCCCGAGAGAGUUAUCAGAUGGGACAUAUGAGACGUUGACUGCAGCUUUUUGCCUUGGUUCUUCCUAGUGCCUACAAUGGGAAAACUCACUCCAAAGAAAACCUAAUAAGUCAUUGUCCCCAGUCUUAACUCUCAAUAAUAGAAGAGGAAAAAAAAAAA